AUGCCGAGGUCUGCCUUGUCAGUCAUUUCCUUUUGUCACCGGCUUGGCAAACAGGAGAGAAAACAGAGCUUCAUGGGCAACAGCAGCAACAGUUGGUCCCACGCACCAUUCCCCAAGUUGGACCUGGGUCUGGGGUCCCGGCCUGUGGCGCCCCGGGAGCCGCCCGCCUGCUCCAUCUGCCUGGAGAGGCCGCGCGAGCCCAUCUCUCUGGACUGUGGCCACGACUUCUGCCCGCGGUGCUUCAGCACCCACCGUGUCCCUGGCUGCGGGCCGCCCUGCUGCCCCGAGUGCCGCAAGACCUGCACGCAGAGGAAGGGCCUCCGGGGCCUGGGGGAGAGGAUGAGGCUCCUGCCGCGGAGGCCGCUGCCCACCGCGCUGCAGGAGACCUGCGCGGUGAGGGCCCAGCCGCUGCUGCUGGUGCGUGUCAACGCCUCCGGGGGCCUCAUCCUGAGGAUGGGGGCCAUCAACCGCUGCCUGAAGCACCCGCUGGCCAGGGACACCCCCGUCUGCCUCCUUGCUGUCCUGGGAGAGCGGUACUCGGGGAAGACCUUCCUCCUAAACCACCUGCUUCAGGGCCUGCCCGGCCUGGAGCCCGGCGAGGGCGGCUGGCCGAGGGGAGGGUGCUCCGGGCAGGGUUUCCGGUGGGGAGCCAGCAGCCUCACCAAGGGCCUCUGGAUGUGGAGCCAUCCCUUCCUGCUGGGGAAGGGGGGGAGGAAGGUGGCCGUGUUCCUGGUGGACACGGGGGAUGCCAUGAGCCCUGAACUGAGCAGGGAAACGAGGACCCGGCUCUGCGCCCUCACCUCCAUGCUGAGCUCCUACCAGAUCCUCACGGCCUUCCAGGAGCUGAAGGAUACAGACCUGGAAUAUCUGGAGAUGUUUGUCCACGUGGCCGAGGUGAUGGGCAGGCAUUAUGGGAUGGUGCCAAUCCAGCACCUGGACCUCUUAGUUCGUGACUCAUCUCACCCCAGCAAGGCGGGGCAGGGGCAUGUAGGCGACAUCAUCAAGAAGUCGUCCGGCAAAUACCCCAAGGUUCAGGGGCUGCUCCAAGGAAGGCGAGCCCGCUGCUGCCUCCUGCCAGCUCCCAGGAGGCCGUGGGCGAGCAAAGGCCACGGAAGCCCGGGAGACACAGAUGAUGAUGCUGGCCACCUCCGCGCCUACGUGGCUGAUGUGCUGAGCGCGGCCCCCCUGCAUGCCAAGAGCCGCUGCCAGGGCUAUUGGAGCGAGGGGCGCCCCGCGGCCCGGGGGGACAAGCGCCUGCUCACAGGGCAGCAGCUGGCUCAGGAAAUCAAGAACCUCUCGGGCUGGAUGGGCAGGACGGGGCCUGGGUGCGCCUCUCCGGAUGAGAUGGCUGCCCAGCUGCACGACCUUCGGACGGUGGAAGCUGCCAAGAAGGAGUUUGAGGAGUACUUGCGGCAGCAGGACGUGGCCACCAAGCGCAUAUUCUCUGCGCUCCGGGUGCUGCCAGACACCAUGCGGAACCUCCUGUCGACCCAGAAGGACGCGCUCCUGGCUCGGCACGGGGCGGCCUUGCUAUGCACGGGGAGGGAGCAGACCUUAGAGGCCCUGGAGGCCGAGCUGCAGGCCGAGGCCAAGGCCUUCAUGGACUCCUACACCGUGCGCUUCUGCGGCCACCUGGCCGCUGUGGGCGGCGCCGUGGGCGCGGGGCUCAUGGGCCUGGCGGGGGGCGUGGUGGGCGCCGGCAUGGCCGCCGCGGCGCUGGCCGCAGAAGCUGGGAUGGUGGCCGCAGGAGCUGCAGUGGGGGCCACGGGGGCAGCUGUGGUCGGGGGAGGCGUGGGUGCCGGGUUGGCGGCCACGGUGGGCUGCAUGGAGAGGGAGGAGGACGAGAGAGUGCAGGAGGGGGACCGGGCGCCCCUGCUGCAGGAGGAGUGA